AUGAUCGCCGGCUGGGUCAUAGGACUUACAUCUCUCAUCGGAAACCUGACUGUCCUGGUACUACGCCUUCGCCAGGAGCAGCAGCUCACCGUCCAAACUCUCUUAAUCAUGAACUUAGCCGUGGCAGACUGUCUCAUGGGUAUCUAUAUGAUAAUCAUCACAUCAGCAGAUAUCUAUUUCGGCAGUAUUUAUUUCUUGAGUGCACCAAUUUGGCGCGAAUCGCAUUUAUGCACAUUUUCAAGUUUCCUCGCUUUUUUGUCAAGCGAAUGUUCUGUUUUUACAUUGGCAUUAAUGACGGUCGAUCGAUUCGUCUGUAUUAUAUUUCCUUUCAGUGGGUACCGUUUGACUGUGAAAUCAGCCAGAAUUAGCAUGAUGUUAUUAUGGUUAGUCAUUUGCAUGCUCAGUGUCAUACCCAAUUUGGUUCCAGCGGAUUUGCCCGGGUUUUACGGACUUUCCGAUGUUUGUGUUGGUUUGCCACUACACGCCGAGUCUAAAGAGAUAGGAAGGCUUGUGUUUACAGAGGACUUUUUAAGUAGCGGAUUCCUAAUUGAGUAUGUAGUUGUCGAGAGCACUUUUCGUCCAUCCUGGCUCUACGCCGUUGCAACAUUUAUCGGCGUUAACAUGAUUCUAUUCAUUAUUAUCUUAAUAUGCUAUAUAAUGAUGUUCAUACAGGUAAAGAGAUCUACCCAAUCUGUAGCGAAUGUUGCUUUACGUAAUCGAGAAAUCAAAGUUGCUAGAAAAAUGGCGUUUAUCGUUGGAACUGAUUUCGCCUGCUGGAUGCCCAUCAUAGUUAUGGGUAUUCUUACUCAAUCCGGUCUGGUUGUCCUACCGACAUCCCUGUAUGCUUGGAGUGUGAUAUUCAUCAUCCCUAUAAACUCAUCAAUUAAUCCUGUACUGUACACGUUCGUUAAUUAUAUUGAAAACAAGAAAAAGGCUGAACAAGUUAGAACGAAAUCGAAAGUGGAUGGUAUGACAGCAAAAAGAGCGAGUGUGAAUGACAUUUCCUUGACCUAACUCAACAAUGGUGGUCAUCUUUAAAAUGAAGUUAGGAUAUUGACCACGGUAAUGACGCAUUUUGAAAGUACUAACGGUGAAUUAAAGGGAAAAAAGAAUAGUAGAUUCUUUGUAAAUAUAUUUG